UGUUAUUCAUCUUGCUGGUUUAACCCUAGUAGCCAGAUUCAUGCAGAAAAUGUAAGCGAGAGUGGACCAGCUGAGGGCAAAUCAAUCGUCAAUCAAUCCAUCGUUCAUUUGGUAUUCUUUGGUUUCAGUUUAGUCUUCGGACGACUCGAGAUGGCAGCGAGCACUGAGGCCCCGGAGCCCUGGUACCUGGCCCUGCUGGGCUUUGCAGAACAUUUCCUUACGUCGGGUCCGCCGAAGAUCCGUCUGUGCGUCCACUGUUUGCAAGCAGUGUUCCAGUUCAAGCCGCCUCCCAGGGUCGAGGCCCGGACUCACCUCCAGCUGGGCUCGGUGCUGUACCGACACACAAAGAACAGCGAGCUGGCCCAGACUCACCUGGAGAAAGCGUGGUUCAUAUCACAACAAAUCUCUCAGUUUGAAGAUGUGAAGUUUGAAGCAGCAAGUAUCCUAUCAGAGUUCUACUGCCAGCAGAACUUGGUGGACUCGGCCAAACCAGUGUUGCGGAAAGCCAUACAGAUUUCUCAGCAAACUCCCUACUGGCACUGCAGACUGCUUUUUCAGCUGGCACAACUACAUGCACUAGAGAAGGACCUGGUAUCUGCCUGUGAUCUCCUGGGAGUUGGAGCAGAGUAUGCAAGAGUCAUGGGCUCAGAGUACACAAGAGCUCUGUUUUUACUAAGUAAAGGAAUGCUGCUGCUAAUGGAGCGCAAGCUGAGCGAGGUGCAUCCUCUGCUGACGCUGUGUGGGACCAUUGUAGAAAACUGGCAGGGAAACCCAAUUCAGAAGGAGUCCCUCAGGGUUUUUUUCCUGGUGCUGCAUGUUACACACUACCUGGAUGCUGGACAGGUGAAGAGUGUGAAGCCGUGUCUGAAGCAGCUUCAACAGUGUAUACAGACCAUCUCCACGCUCCACGAUGAUGAGAUUCUCCCCACUAAUCCAGCAGCUCUCUUCCACUGGCUGCCCAAAGAGCACAUGUGUGUGCUUGUGUACCUGGUGACGGUGAUGCACUCCAUGCAGGCGGGCUACUUGGAGAAGGCCCAGAAAUACACAGACAAAGCUCUGAUGCAGUUGGAGAAGCUGAAGAUGCUGGACAACAGUCCUAUCCUGUCCACGUUUCAAGUCAUCCUGCUGGAACAUAUCAUCAUGUGCCGGCUGGUCACUGGACACAAGGCCACAGCUUUACAAGAGAUUUCUCAGGUUUGCCAGCUUUGCCAGCAGUCUCCCAGGCUGUUUACAAAUCACGCUGCCCAGCUUCACACACUACUGGGUCUCUACUGUAUCUCUGUGAACUGCAUGGAUAAUGCUGAGGUUCAGUUCACUGCUGCUCUACAGAUGACAACACACCAGGAGUUGUGGACUUUUAUUGUGACUAACCUGGCCAGCGUCUACAUCCGGGAAGGAAACCGACAUCAAGAGCUGUACAGCCUUCUAGAGAGGAUUAAUCCUGAUCACAACUUUCCCGUCAGCUCUCAUUGUCUACGAGCCGCAGCGUUUUACAUCAGAGGGCUCCUGUCUUUCUUCCAGGGACGUUACAACGAGGCUAAAAGAUUUCUAAGGGAGACCCUGAAGAUGUCUAAUGCUGAAGAUCUAAACAGGCUGACUGCCUGCUCACUAGUCCUACUGGGCCACAUCUUCUUUGUCCUGGGCAACCACAGGGAAAGUAACAAUAUGGUGGUUCCUGCCAUGCAGCUGGCCAGCAAGAUCCCUGACAUGUCUGUGCAGCUCUGGUCUUCUGCCCUUCUCAAAGAUCUGAACAAGGCUUGUGGAAACACCAUGGACGCCCACGAGGCAGCUCAGAUGCACCAGAACUUUUCCCAGCAGCUCCUGCAGGACCACAUCGCAGCCUGCAGCCUCCCCGAACACAACCUCAUCAGUUGGACGGACAGCCUCCCCCCUGUGCAGCUGCAGCCUCAGAAUGGACCUACUACCAGCCUGGCCAGCCUGCUCUGAGAACAAUAUCUCACCAUGACAGAGGAAAGGAGACACAGGAGAGCAAUUGCAGGGAAAAUGACAUAAAAAAAAGGAGAAGCAGUUGAUAAAAGGGUAAGAGGAAGAGGAGACAGGACAAUGAAAUUAGCAACUGCACUGUGUCAAUUGGCAGGCUUCCAUUCAGUGCAUUCCCGCACUCAUUUGGGGCACUGGGGCAUCAUGACUGGAUUUUAAGUAAUUGAAGUUUUCUGGAAAGCAUAAGGUGUCAGGGGCACAUUUUGUAUUACACUGACACACUUUGGAGUGGUUUUAAUAGUUUGUUCUAACCAGCUAACAGACAACGUAAAGGAAACAAACUUAAAUAUGCUUAUUUGUUUCUUCCCAAUUGUGUAAUUUUUUCCAUUAAGGGGGCUCUGUUGAGUUUUCUUGUAAACAAACAGAAGUUAUGUUUACAUCUGUUAUUACUCAACAAAUCGCAUCCUAACUUGUAUCUUCUUUCAGGUUAAACACAGAUGAUUUUUGCAGUCUCCUUCUUCCUUUGCUGGUGCAUUGCAGCAUAUCUUGGUGUGUUACCACUACCUGUUGAUCAGUGGACUCCCAAUAGAACUAUGUAUUGAGUUGCCUUUGUGAGUAUAUGAGAUAAACAACUCCAUAGCACUCAAAAGGUGAAGAAAUCCACAGGGAACCUUUAAUUUCAACUGAUUUUCCCACUGAUUUAGCUCAUCUCUUCAUUCUUUCUUGCAAGACCAUUAUCAAGGGCUUUUAUUUUGGAUGAAGUAAAGUACAAAUGUUCAUAAAACUUGUAGUUUUUAAUAUUAAAUUAGCAUUAAAUUUGAACCACCUAUUGGCCAAACAGACAGUCAAAGAUGACUCAGUCUAUUGUUGUGCAUGAACUCAAUAACUUUCUUUUCAAAGCACUGAUUGUUCUAGCUGUGAUUCACAGUAUAAGUUAGUUAAAUACAUUUGGAUAUACAGUAUACUAUAUAACUGUAAUGAUCUUAAUGUAGUGUAGUGGUAUGUUUGAUAUGUACUUGGAGGUUGGGUGGACAGCUGCAUAUGUAGUUUAUUCACUGAAGAACCUUCACAAAAAAGAUUACAUUUUAAAUGAUAUUAGAUUUUUUAGACCCUGGAACCAGCUUGCUUGACAUCCAGUAGUAUUUAUUAAUGUUUUGAGGGUACGAAAAGUGUACUUCACACAUGUUUUCAACUGUGACGCAUCAAAAAAAUGUUUGGAUAAUUUUUGGACACUGCAAUUCAGUUGACUUGCUGCCUGACUGUACUUCCCUUUAAAUUUCUACUACUUCACUCUCACUGUGGUGUGUGUUUAUAUGCUGUGCAUUGGAGUCAAGAAAUCAGUAAUAAUAAGAUAAUAAUAUUGACUAUUACCUGUUUGCACAUAUUUUGUUUCAUGAUGAAACAUUUUUAUCUUUUCCAUGUAAGCAAUUAUUGGUUUUUUUUAUCACUCCCAUUUUUUUUUCAUUUCCUGUUUUACUCCUUUCUUCCAGAUGAAUGCCAGUAUAAAUCUGUAUUUAAACAAUUUAUUUAUAACUUAUUUAUGUUGGUUUAUACUAGAUGCAUUUGUUUGCUAGUAUUGUCGAUUACCAUUUGAUAUAUUAUCAAAUAACUGGUAGGACUUUUAAUUUAGUUACACUAAUGUAGGAAAGGUACUACUACAUGUAGUGAUGCAGAUUUCUGUAUUUAUAAUGUUAUUUCAAAAUAAACUACUGAGUUUAGUCAUUUGCAAACUAAUUACCAAAUGAAAGACUACACUAUGGAUGCCAUUUAUUGUAUUUUACACUAUGUUUGAUUUGUGUUUUCUCCAUUGUCAUUUUAACUGUUCUUAACUUCAACACAUCUGACUUUUUAUAAAUAAAAAAUCCA